AGUUGAUUCAAAAAAAGCGGAUGUUUUCCAUUCUGUGCUCUUCCGGGUUGCUCAGCUAACUGUCCACACCACAAACUGAGAAACCUUUGACAAUGACAGCACAACUGUAGCGGACUGAGCUGCCUGAAAAUGAGAAACAUACUCUUAAUUGCCUUUCUGGCUCCUUGUUGGGUCAACGGGGCAAUUAAGUCGAGAACUACAACGGAGGAGAGCCGCGAAGAAAACCCGGAGUUCGAUGGUCUGAGCUCUAUCCUGUCAGAUUUUGAGGUACUUCCGGUGUCAGGCCUCCAGCUGCACUCUGUAAGGAAGAGAGACGUUCACGCCCAGUCUCACCUGGAGCGACUGGUGAGCUUCAGAGCCCUGCACAGAAAUUUCAAGCUUUACUUGACCACCAACACAGACCUUUUCACCGAGAAAUUCCAAGCUGUGUUUGUUGAUAAACACGGGAAAGAAGAAAACUUCGAUGUUCAGCUCCAGAACUAUUUCACUGGACACGUUGUUGGAGAAGAGAAUUCACAUGUGCAGGCACACAUGGACGGAGAUGAGUUUUCUGCUCACAUUCUAACCAAUGAAGCAGAAUACAAUGUAGAGCCCUUGUGGAGGUUUACAGAUUCCCCCAGUGAUAACAGGUUGCUGGUUUAUCGCUCUGAAGACAUCAAGAAUCUGAGUCGCAUCGUCUCUCCAAAAGUGUGCGGUUACAUCCAUGCAGAGACCAAGGACCUGCUGCCACAGUCGGCCAGGAGGGAUUGGGAUGGGCAGGAGGAGGUGGACGAGAUGAAGGAGUAUCACCACAGAGAGAAGAGACAGGCUCACGACCACAAGAAGAACACCUGCCCCCUGUUGCUGGUUGCAGAUUACCGCUUCUUCAAACACAUGGGCCGCGGACAAGAGAGCGUCACUCUCAACUACCUGAUUGAGCUGAUUGAUCGAGUCGAUGACAUUUAUAGAAAUACAACCUGGGAUGAUGAAUUCAAGGGCUACGGGGUCCAGAUCCAUCAGAUUAUCAUCAACAAGGAGCCGACAAAGCCUCCGCCUGGCCAUGCUGGCACCGGUUGGGUCCACUAUAACAUGGAGAACAGUCCCAUAAGUGGAAAGGAGGUCUGGGACGUGAAGAAACUUCUGGAGCAAUUCAGCUCAGACAUUGCAGACAACGCCUCCACUGUGUGUCUGGCCCACCUGUUCACCUACCAGGAUUUUGACGAGGGCACAUUGGGACUCGCCUACGUGGCCCCUUCUAAAGCUCAGGCCCUGGGCGGCCUGUGCCCCAAACCAUACUACCCAUCUCACUCUGUCAAGAAGCCCAGUUACCUCAACACAGGCUUGACCAGCACCAAUAACUAUGGCAAAACCAUCCUAACAAAGGAGGCAGAUUUGGUGACCACUCAUGAGCUGGGCCAUAACUUUGGAGCAGAGCACGAUCCUGACAACAUCCCUUACUGUGCUCCCAGUGAUGACCAGGGGGGGAAGUUUGUCAUGUACCCUAUUGCUGUGAGCGGAGACCAUGUCAACAACAAGCGUUUCUCCAACUGCAGCAAGAUCUCCAUAGGAAAGACGUUACGUUUCAAGGCUCCUGUGUGCUUCAAGGAGAGGAACAGUAAAGUAUGUGGGAACUCCAGAGUGGAGAAUGGGGAGGAGUGCGACCCUGGGCUACUCCACCUCAACGACGACCCGUGCUGCACCUCUGACUGCAAGUUUAAAUUCGGUGCACAGUGCAGCGACAGAAACAGCCCGUGCUGUAGGAACUGCAUGUUUGAGCAGGCAGGAACAAGGUGCCAGGAAGCCAUCAAUGCUACCUGUAAAGGCAUAUCCUCCUGCACAGGCAACAGUAGUCAAUGUCCACCUCCUGGAAACGCUAAGGACGAUACUGUGUGUGUCGACAACGGCCGGUGUCGCAACGGAGAGUGCAACCCUUUCUGUGAGGCCAUGCAGAACCUUCGGUCCUGUGCCUGCAACGAAACAGAGAAUUCCUGUAAAGUGUGCUGUAGGAGAAAAGAUGGCAGCUGCACUCCCUUCAUACAGACCAACGAGAGUUUCCUUUUCCUUCGCAAAGGAAAACCCUGCACUGUGGGCUUCUGUGACGGGGACGGGAAGUGCAUGAAGCAGGUACAGGACGUGAUUGAGCGGUUGUGGGAUUUUAUUGACAAACUGGACAUCAACACAUUUGGGAAGUUCCUGGCUGAUAACAUAGUGGGCUCUGUCGUGGUGUUUUCACUCAUCUUCUGGAUUCCUCUCAGCAUCCUGGUUCACUGUGUGGACAAACGACUUGACCAGCAGUAUGAGGAGAACACAAAGUCCUUCUACUACCCUCCGAAUAGUCAAGACAUGCUGGGCAACCUCGAGUCAGCGUCCAUGCGCAUCGUCAAGCCUCCUCAGCCUCACUCCUCCUCCGCCGGCCGGACCGUGCUCUCCUCCCUGCCCCCGCAGCCUCAGCAGCUGAGCCAGGCCGGGGCCCCUCCCGCGGGCAGCAGUACCCAGGCCCCCGGUCCGAGCUACGACCUCACCCCGGACAGCGCAGGGGGGUUACGGAUGGCAACCAUCCAGGAGGACACCAGCAGCGACUCUCACCUGGGAGAGGAGGGCCUGUCGGAAGAUUUCACAACCGCAGGAGCCUACUCGUCGGCUACGAAAUCCUCCUACGAGGAUCUGACCGAACAGAACCUGCCAGCCAGGGACAGACGGCGCCUCAAGAGGCAGGAGUGCAUUGACACUAAAGAGACCGAGUGCUGAGAUUCAACAAGCAGCACUUUUUUUGUCGAAAAGUUCCAACAUGGAACCUGAUAUGUGUUUUAGAGAACAUGCAAAUGCGUGCAGCAUCAUAUGCAUUUUUCUUGCCACAAAUCACAGACAGCAACUGGUGAAAGGUAACAGCAUACAUGUUUCAUAGGUCAGAUUUUAGUGUUUAACAUUUCAGCCAAUGCUAGAUGUGGAUAGUAUUCAGUCAGCUGUAACUUUGAGCCACUAUACAAUUUCUUGAAUUCCUGACUACAGUUAAAUUGAAAUGUGAUUUCAUGUUUUCAUGUAUCGGUGCUGAAACGAUGCUGUGCCUUUUUUCAGUUUGGUAGGUGUUUCUUGGCGAGAUGAAACCUGUGGAAGUGAAUCUAAGUUGCAGCCCUUUGUGCUAGGUUUAUCGCGGACCAGUGACCCAAACACAUCAUAUUUAAAUGAUCUUUUUGUUGUUUCUACUGUGGUUUCUCUAUAUACAGAUAAAAAAAAAAACGAUUUAUGCCUCUAUCAGCUUUUGCAAGCAUGCUGUGUCAAAAAAAAGUGAACAAAGGUUGUGUUUCUUAAGUAAUCUAAGCAUUAAGUUAAAAGCCUAAAUCUUGCCUUUCCCCCCCUAAAACACUCGUGCACAAAGUACUGUCUGUGAAGCAAUGUGACCUCAGGUUUGCUCCGUUUUAAAAGUGAAAGAUGUUAAUAUUAUUAAUGUAGCUGCGGUUAUUUUCUGUUAAAAGAAAAUAUUUCAGUGUGACUCACGGAUGCUGAACUUAAAAGAUAAUUGUUGUAUCCUGAAUCAAAAAAAUAACUGCACUUGAAAGUAUUGUUCGCAUUACUGGAGACGUGAAUUAUGUUUUAUAAAUGUACUUAAUGUGCUGUCAUCAGUAGUUUGUACAUUUAACUUAUAAUGCAACAUUUUGAUUCUGUGCAAGGAUUUGGCAGUAGACUCUACAGUAUUACACUUAUUUUAUAUGACCUGUAGUUUAAAUUUUAAGAAAGUAAGUCUCCUGUAGUGUGAUGCUUUAAUGAUUAAUCAUGUACUCUUUCUGUGUGGUUGAUCCCUGUAUGAAACACUUUGGUGCCUUCUUCUUAUUGUGCAGGAACCGUUCCUUCUGUUCAGACAGACGGGGGAAAAUCCAAGUACAUGCACAUGGAUCUGGACAUCCUGAGUUUAAUUUUAGAUACCUGAAGUGCUCAGAUGUUAUUUUUCCAACAUCCUGCCGCUUGGUUUUCGGUCCUUGUGCCAAUUUGAGUCCAUGCACCUCUUUCACUUACUUAUGCUGUUUCACCACUGUUGCCUGCUGUGUCACAUGUUAAAUUACUUUUAAAAAUGUAUUAAGUGGAGGUCAAGAAAAAAGUAAACUGUAUCUAACAUGGA